AUGUUCCUCGCCAAUCUUACAAAACUCAAGAAGCCCUUAAUCCCUCUUAAACCCAAGCUCAGACCCCUCUUGUUCCUCUCUACACACCCACGAAAUCAACUAAACCAAGAACCAGCAACACACCACCAUCAACGACAAAACAUUUGCAUAACAAACAGGCCGUACUGGACCCAAAACAUCCACCACCUCUGCACCAAACACCACAACGUCGAUGAAGCCCUCCGCCUUCUUGACCACCUCCGCCUCCGUGGCUACCUCCCUGACUCCCUCAACCUCAGCAGCAUAAUUCACGGCCUCUGUGAUGCCAACCGCUUCAAUGAAGCCCACCAGCGCCUUACCAUCUUUUUAUCCUCUCUUUGUGUCCCUGAUGAGCGUACUUGUAAUGUACUCAUUGCUCGUUUGCUUCAUUCUAAAGACCCAUUCAGUACUUUGAAUGUUAUUUAUCGUUUGAUUGAAUUUAAGCCUGACUUUGUGCCUUCUUUGAUUAAUUAUAACCGUUUGAUCGAUCAGUUCUGCUCGGUUUCGCGGCCAAAUGUAGCGCACAGGAUGUUGUAUGACAUGAUUAAUAGAGGGCAUUGUCCAAAUAUUGUUAGUUAUACUACUUUGGUUGACGGGUAUUGUAAAAUUGGUGAAAUUUCUGAUGCUUAUAAGUUGUUUGAUGAAAUGGGUGAAUGGGGCGUUGUGCCUAAUUCGCUAACUUAUAGUUUGUUUAUUCGUGGGGUUUUUAGGAAGAGAGAUAUUGAAUGUGGGAAAGAGUUGAUGUGUGAACUCUUUGAGAGAAUGAGAUAUGAAGAGGACCAGUCAGUGAAUAGUGCCGCUUUUGCCAAUCUUGUUGAUUGUUUGUGUAGAGAAGGGCUAUUCACCGACGUUUUCAUGAUUGCCGAGGAAAUGCCACAAGGAAAUAGUGUGAACGAGGAAUUUGCUUAUGGGCAUUUGAUUGAUUCCCUUUGUAAAGUUGGAAGGAGCCACGGUGCUUCCAGGGUUGUUUAUAUAAUGAGGAAGAAAGGGUUUACACCAAGCGUAGUGUCAUAUAAUUCAAUCAUACAUGGGCUUUGUAAGGAAGGGGGUUGCAUGAGAGCUUAUCAGUUGUUAGAGGAAGGGGUUGGAUUUGGUUAUUUGCCGUCUGAGUACACUUACAAGGAUCUGGUAGAAGCACUUUGUCAAGCGAUGGAUCUUAAAAAGGCAAGGGAAGUUUUAAAAUUUAUGUUGAACAAGAAAGGGGUGGAUAGAACUAGGAUUUACAAUAUAUAUUUGAGAGCGCUUUGUCUCUUGAAUAAUCCAACUGAGCUUUUGAAUGUGCUUGUUUCUAUGCUACAAACUAAUUGUCAGCCUGAUGUGAUUACUCUUAACACAGUUAUUAAUGGGUUUUGCAAGAUGGGAAGAGUUGAAGAAGCUUUGAAGGUUCUAAAUGAUAUGAUGACAGGGAAAUUUUGUGCCCCUGAUGCUGUGACCUUCACUACCAUCAUAAGUGGCUUAUUAAAUGUUGGAAGAAGUCAAGAAGCUCGCAAUUUAUUGCUUCAAAUGCUUGAAAAGGGUAUCAGUCCUGGUGUUGUGACAUAUAAUGCAGUUCUUCGUGGUUUGUUUAAACUUCAGUCAAGAAAUGAGGCAAUGGGCGUUUUUGAUGAAAUGAUAACUGAUGGUGUAGCUGCCAGCAGUACAACUUACAGUAUAAUAGUCGAGGGAUUAUGUGAGUCUGGCCAAAUAGACGGGGCUAAGAAGUUCUGGGAUGAGGUUAUUUGGCCAUCAAAAAUCCAUGACGAUUUUGUUUAUGCAGCCAUUCUUAAAGGGCUUUGCCGCUCAGGCCACUGGAAUGAGGCCAUGCAUUUUCUUUAUGAAUUAGUAGACUCUGGGGUCAAUCCUAAUAUUGUAAGCUAUAACAUCGUGAUUGACAGCGCUUGCAAGUUAGGCAUGAAAAGAGAAGCUUACCAAAUUGUAGGAGAAAUGCAAAAGAAUGGGUUGGCCCCAGAUGCUGUAACGUGGCGGAUUCUUGAUAAAUUUCAUGGACAUGUGAAGAAUUGA